GCACAAGAUGACCUCAGUGAUAGCCGAGAAAGCGAAGAGACUGGAUUUGUUGGGCUCGCUCUUCAGUCUGUUGCCUGGCGUGCUCCUGCUUGUGCUGCCUUUACUACAGUGGAUUAUUCUGACUUUCAUCACAAGAGACACUGACGUCAAACAACAGGACUAACUGGAGAUUUUAUAUUCUCAAUCAUUUUUCAGCAGAGCAUCAGUUACAAGCAAACACCUGCUGAACAGAAACCGGACUGUCACCCGAUAGAUUUGGCGCACUAUGACUGCAGACAUUUGGGAUGUUCUUAUUGUAGGCGCUGGGCUUUCUGGGCUCAGUGCAGCUCAUUUGCUCCUUAAGAAGAAUCCUAAACUGAGAAUCCUGAUCCUGGAAGGAAAAGAUCGAGUUGGAGGUCGCACAGUUUCCUAUGAAAUACCUGCGGCGGAUGGUGCUGAUCGCUGGGACUUUGGAGGACAGUGGGUUGGCAGAACACAAAGACAUGUCUUGGAGCUCAUUAAAGAACUGGGCUUAGAGGUCUACCCCCAGUUUAAUGAUGGUAAGAAGGUGCUUCAUGUCGGCGGGGCGGCUUCCAAAGUCCGUGCAUACAAAACCAGCAUUCCUGCUCUGUCACCACUGGUGCUUCUGGACAUGAGUCAGCUCCUGUGGAAGAUUGAAAGGCUGCGCAGAACAGUGUGUGUCCAGGAUCCCUCUAAGACUCCCAACGCAGAUGAACUUGACAGCAUGACUCUCCACACGUACAUCGAGCAAAAUGCAUGGACUGCAGAAUUAAAAGAGCAAAUUGGAGUGAGCAGCAGAUCUGUCUUUGGCAUGGAGCCAGCCCAGAUGUCCUUCCUUUUCUUCCUCAUGUAUGCUGCAGCAGCUGGAGGACUACUGGCACUUCUGGAGAGCACUCCCGGUUGUGCUCAGGAGCUCAAAAUAAAGGGAGGCAGCCAGCAGCUUUCAGAGUGUCUGGCAGAACGUGUUGGGUGGAAGAAUGUCCGGCUGGGCUCUGCUGUGACGGCCAUAUGGCAGGAUGCAGAAUGGGCCAAAGUGAUGACAUCCAGCGACACCUUCCUGUGCAAGGCCGUGAUCAUCACUUGCCCCCCUCAUUUGGCAGCAAAGAUCAGCUACCAGCCAGCUCUGCCCAGCAUGAGAGAGUUCCUCACCCAGAACAUGCCUGUGGGUCACAUGAUGAAGUUUAUCAUCACAUACCAGACGGCAUUCUGGAAGGUGAAAGGCUUCUCUGGGGAAAUUGUGGCGGGAAGCUCCACUGACUGUCCAUUCUGUGUCACCUUUGACGCCACCAGCCCGCGUGGUAAUGCAGCUCUCGUGGGCUUCCUUGCGGGUCAGCAAGCUUCCCACUGGGGCACUAAAGAGGCUGAACAAAGAAAAACUGCUGUCAUUUCCAGCCUGGUCAGAUAUCUUGGUCCUGAGGCUGCAUCGUUCAUCCAUUAUGAGGAAAAAGAUUGGGCAAAGGAGGAAUACAGUGGAGGUUGCCCUGUCAAUGUCAUGGCGCCAGGUCUGCUGACGUACUAUCAUCCCAGUCUGAGGACGCCCUGUGGCAGGAUCUUCUGGGCAGGAACAGAGACAGCCACACAGUGGUGUGGCUACAUGAGUGGUGCAGUGCAGGCUGGUCAGCGAGCAGCCCUGGAAGUACUGACUGAACUCUGGCAUGUGGAGUUAACUGCAGAGGAGAUUGAAGCUCUGCAGCACAGCGUCAAGAGCUCAACAAACCAAGUCCCAACAUCUAAACUCAGUUUUCUGUUCUCAGGAAAAUCUGCAGUUAUUGCUGCGCUCACAAUAAGUGGUGUUCUGCUCCUGACUCAGCGUCAAAGUGUUUUCACUAAGAUAAGCAAUAGCUUGUCAAAUAUUCUGUCACAGAGCAAAAAUUUCAUUUAACACAACCUCCAAACAAUUACAUUUCUGCAAAACCCUAGGAUUUUUUUUCUUGUCCAGAUCACCAAGGUUCUCUUUGAUUUUUUUCUUUUUAGAUUGUAAAAACGCUCUUUCAGGUUACUCAGGCUAGAGUUCCGGCUUUAGUGUUCAUGUUAAGUUAAAAAUGAUUGUCAUGAUUCCUGAACACACAUAACAUCGACUGAAAAUCUUCUGAUGAUCCAUUUGCACAACAACAGUGCUCCACAAUAUGCUACUUAGUUGAUAUCAUUCAAUUACAGAUCUGAUAAAAGGGAUUUGAUUUGAUUUUGAUCACUAGAUCUCUCUCAAUCAUUUUUUUACUUGAUUCAGCUUUUUUCAAAAACCAUUUUGCACUGGUAGAUACAUCCUGUGUCUUUAAAGUUAAAUGCAACUUCUUGCGCAGUGCUAAUGAGUAAUGGUUCAGCUGAAGACCUCAUUUUCUGAGCAAGUUAAUUAAGAAAUGAGAAAACAGUCUAAUCCAUCUGGUUGUCUCAUUUCAACCCCACUUGGAUAAAAAAAGAGUGAAAUUGUGUUCUUUUAAUGGCCACAUGUGAUAAAAGCUUUUUUCCCAUCAAAUGCUGUUUUUUGUCAUUGUGUGCAGCUCAUUACAUAUUUCAGUGAUGGGUAUAACUUUACUCUGAGAUGUAAAUUUUUACAUUCUUAAUUGAAAUUCAGAGACAAAAACAUUUUAUUUCAAAUUAUUAAGAUUAUAUACGCUAUUGAUGAACGGCAAAUUAGGUUGCAUAUUCUGCGACAAACAGGAAAAAGUGGACAAUUAAACAAAUAAAUUCCAUAUGGCUUUGUGUUUUUCUUAGAUUCACUUAAAAACCAAAGGGCAGCCAAUGCAAUGAUGAAGUGGUCUUUGCCCAGAGUCACUAGUGUUCAUUAGUAAUUCAGAAGGAAAACUGCUUUGAUUCUCUUAAGAUUAGGAUGAAACACAGUCAUACAUUUUUAAGGCCGUGACAGCUACCAAGCCCAAAAAACAAAAACAAAAGGAGACAUUUUUAGCAUUUUUUGCCAUUAUACUUGUGUUUACUCUGAAAGCUACAACAAUAUUGCGUAUUUUUUUUCUUAUUUUCAGUGAAGGAUCUCUUGUAAAAGUUGAAUCAUGCUGCUGUAAUUACUGUGGUCUCUUGUUUACACCUGCCGAGGCACUUGCACUUCACUUAGAGUUUGCCUUCAGGCAACAGUGCUGGAUAAAUAAUUCAUUGUUUCCAGUGUAAUUUGGGCUUUUGACCAUAAACAACUCUAUACACAGAA